AAAAUGAAGCAUGGCGAUGAUUGGCUAAUUUCACCCAAUGAUCGCAAUUUCUAUUGGGAAAACUGGCUGAAUUUCGUGUUGAACCUCGUGCAAUUGUUGUAAUUUUUUAUCGUUUUCUUCUCCUCCAUUAACGAAUUGAAUCAUGGGCAAAAACAAGACCAAACAGACUCUCCCGCUUCACAAGAUCAUCAUGGUGGGAUCGGGUGGUGUCGGCAAAUCCGCUCUGACGUUGCAGUACAUGUACGGUGAUUUCGUCGAGGAAUACGAUCCUACCAAGGCUGAUUCGUACCGAAAGAAACUCGUUUUAGACGGACAAGAGUGCCAAAUUGAUAUCCUGGAUACAGCGGGUCAAGAAGAAUACGCCGCGAUUCGCGACAAUUAUUAUCGUUCAGGGGAAGGGUUCCUGUGUGUUUUCUCGGUGUGCGAACAAGAAUCCCUGGAACAUACCCAGGAAUUCCGAGACCAAAUUUUGCGAGUCCUGGAUGAUGAGACAGUACCGUUUAUUCUGGUAGGAAAUAAGGUUGAUUUGGCCCAUCUUCGUAAAGUGACGGCCAGCGAAGCGUCCGCAUUGGCCAGUGAAUGGAACUGUCAGUAUAUCGAAACCUCGGCAAAAACAAGACAAAAUGUUGAACAGAUAUACACGUUAUUGAUGCGUCAAAUCAGAGACCGGAAGCUUCAGCAACAGAAAUCCAACCAUCCUGAUAAAGACUCUUGCUGUAUCAUUCUGUAAUUCCCCAAAUUCUUUCCCGCUCUUUAUCACAGUAGAUUCCUUUUCUUUUUUUUCACUCGACGUACGUAAUAUUAUCUUUUUUAUCCAAUUAAAUCCUACUCCCUGCUCUUUCUAUUAGCAUUUCACUGAAAAAUUCCAUGGUGUUGGC